AUGAAAAAAAAAGGAGAUUUAAUCAAAAACAUUUUUAAAAGUAUAGCUGGAAAGUCUAUUUUAAUAGCUAAUAUUUCAUAAGGUUUGUGGUGGAUAUUUUUGUCUAUUAGAAUGAUUGAUCAUACUAAUUAUGAAGCUCUUUCUUUAUAAAUAUCAUGCACAAUUUUCAGAAUUUCAUAGUAGAUUAUAAUUGAUUAUUGGUGUGAAAAAUAAAUAAUUUUACAUCUAGUCUCACUCUUUUAUUCUGUACUUUACAUAGAAACUUUUUUAUUUUUACAAUACAAUAAUCCUUUUGGAACAUAUGCAAAUUGUUUGUUAUUUAUUGUGACAUAUAAAUAAUACUUAUCAAUAGCUGUUGAUAAUUAUAAUAGUAUAUGUAAAAUAGGAUUUCCUUGUUAUAUUAUAUUUAGAAAUAUUAUAUUGAUAUUUACUGAUUUCAACUUUUACCAUAUUGAAAGUCUAAUUAUUUGCAUGGUUGUAUUUCUUUCCUUAGCAUAUAAUAAUGAAUACAUAAAAUGUUAAUGUAUGAUUUAAAAAAACAAAAAAAAUAUUAGUACUAUAUCACAAAACAAAAAAAUAGAAGAUAAUGAUUCAGCUAAUUAAAUGUAUUUAAAUUAAUCUUUAAUCAAAUCUUUCAGUCGAGUUUCUAUAGCAUAAACGCCAAUUAAAAGUUAGAGUAUUUUUUUAAAGGAAAUGAGUUAUGAAUCUAAAUUGAUUUAAUGCUCAAAUUUAGGAUAGACAUAAAAAUUAUAAAGAAGUUAAUUUAUAGGUAAUAAGACUUCAGAAUUAUAAUUCCAUUAAUUUUACUAAAAUUUAAUAAACUCAUUUCCUUAAGGAAUUCUUAUAUUAAAUUAAAGUUAUUAAGUGAGUUACUAAAAUAAUAAAUGUGAGAAACUAUUAGAAUGCUCUGGAUCAGAAUAAAUAGUUGAGAAAAUAAGAUUAUGUUUAAAUAGUGCCAAAAUGCCAGAAAAUGAUAAUGAAAUUACAAAUUUAUUAAGAACACCAAGAUUUAAUAGAUAAAUAAAUUAAUAUGCAUUGUUUAGGAUAGUGAAAGAAUUAUAAAAGGAGAAUUUAUAGAUUGAUAUAUUAGAUAUUUUACUUCAACCUUAAAAAUACUUUUAAUUUUUAGAUUAGAGAUAGGAUUAAUUUGGUAGUUAAGAUGAUUCUAAAACAGAUUAAUUAACAUUUCAAUAAUAAAUGUUUAUUUAUGAAUGGUUAUUCGAAUCUGCAUAAUAUAGAAAAAUUAAAUAAAAGAAACUUAAAGUGAUAAUUAUUCCAACAUUUAUGACAGGUAAUUAAUAAGAAUACAUAUCUAUGCCUUCUCAUCAUAAAUGUCCAAGUAAACUUAAUAUUUAAUUAUAAAAUGAUGUUGAGAUGCCUGUAUUAUUAAUUAUGAUAAAGAACAUUACAAGUAAACAUUAAUUCUAAAAGAUGAAAAAUGAAUAAAUAAUACAUCAUAGUUUAAUAAAAUCAUUUUCACAUGAAUUACGUACUCCAUUGAAUAGUUGUUAACAUAUGCUCAAUUUAAUCAAAACUUAAUCUAUUGAAAAGAAGAUUUAAGAUUAUAUUGAUAUUGCUUAAAGUUCAAUUUCUCUUUUGAUUCAUUAAAUUAAUGAUAUUUUAGAUUAUGCAGCAAUUUAAUCAUUUUAAUUUUAAUAUCGUUUUAUAUCAUUUACUUUUGGUCAAAUUGUCUAAGAGAUUUAUAAUCUAUAUAAUUUAUAAAUGAAAUAAAAAAAGAUAGAAUUUAAAAUUAAAAUUUAAUAGAAUUUGAGUGAUGUUACUAUAUUUAAUGAUUAAUAAAGGAUUUUAUAAAUAUUAGUAAAUCUUUUGAAUAAUGCAACUAAAUAUACAAGAGAAGGAGGUCAUAUAAAAUUAAGUAUUAAAUAAAAGAGUUUAUUUUAUAUUCAUAUUAAAGUUAAAGAUGAUGGAAUAGGUAUUGAAGAUGAUAAAUUAAUAUUACUUUAAAAUAGUUUAAAUGGAAAUAUUGAAUUAGGAGCUACAUUAAAAACUUAACAUAUAACUUAAAAGGCUGGAUUAGGAUUGAAUAUAGCAGCAAAAAUAGUUGAAGGAUUGAUUGAAUCUAAAAAUAAUUAAUUAAUAAUAAGUUCAAUUUAAAAUAAAGGUACAAAGGUUCAAUUCCAAAUAUAAAACUUUUUAUAAACAUAAAAUGAUUAAUAUUAGUCUUCAAAUCUACUUUCACAAUUAACAGGAAGAUUUAAUCAAUCUGGAUUGUAAUAAACAUUAAGUGAAAGAAAAUUUGAUGAUAGAAUGCUAAUUAAAUCUAGUAUUACUAAUUCAAAAAUGGAUUAUGAUAUGUAACUUAGAGAUGAUUUCUUAUAAGAUUCAGAAUCUUCUUUAGAAACUCCAAAAUUAAAUGAUCGUGUUAAAUAAUAAUAAUAAAUACAAUUACCUAUUAGUCCAGAAUAUUUUUCACAUAAAUAAAUAUAAUCUUGUUAAACAAUAACAAAUUAAGAAAUCUAUUCUUUUAAAUAAUAUCCAUAGAUUUGCAAAGAUUGUAAAAGUGUAUUGAUUGUAGAUGAUAUACCUUUUAAUCAAAUCACACUUAGAUUAAUGUUAAAAAAUUAUAAAAUAGAUUCUGAUUAAGCAUUUGAUGGAUUUUAAGCAAUAGAAAAAGUGAAAUCUAGAAUAUAACAUAAUUGUUAAGCAUACAAAUUAAUUUUUAUGGAUAUUGAAAUGCCAGGGAUUAAUGGAUUCUAAACUAGUAAAUAAGUAUAAAUAUUAAUUAUCUUAGAUAUUAGAAAUAACAGGCAAAUAGUCAUAUAUAGUAAUUUGUUCUGCUUAUGAUACUCAAGAGAAUUACAUUGAAGGAUAAAAAAUAGGAGUCAAUUAAUUUCUACCAAAACCUGUAAAUUAAAAAGAAUUAGAGGUAGUUUUAAGAAGAUUUUUUCCUAUUAAAACUGAGAUUUAUUGA